AUGGCGUCCGAGCAACAAAGCCGAAAAGAGCUUGAUGAGAGGGCCAAGCAAGGAGAGACCAUCGUCCAAGGAGGCACCGGCGGCAAAAGCCUCGAAGCUCAAGAGCAUCUCGCUGAAGGAAGGAGCAAGGGAGGGCAGACGAGGAAGGAGCAGCUAGGCCACGAGGGUUAUCAGGAGAUUGGUCACAAAGGUGGAGAGACGAGGAAGGAGCAAUUAGGGCACGAGGGUUAUCAGGAGAUGGGCCACAAAGGAGGAGAGGCGAGGAAGGAGCAGUUAGGGACCGAGGGUUACAAGGAGAUGGGUCACAAAGGAGGAGAGGCGAGGAAGGAGCAGCUAGGGACAGAGGGUUACAAGGAGAUGGGUCACAAAGGAGGAGAAGCCAGGAAAGAGCAGUUAGGGACAGAGGGUUACAAGGAGAUGGGUCACAAAGGGGGAGAGGCCAGGAAGGAACAACUAGGGACCGAGGGUUACAAGGAAAUGGGCCACAAAGGAGGAGAGGCGAGGAAGGAGCAGUUAGGGACUGAGGGUUACAAGGAAAUGGGACGUAUGGGUGGGCUCAGCACAAUGGAGAAAUCUGGUAGAGAGCGUGUGGAGGAAGAAGGGAUUGAUAUCGAUGAGUCCAAGUUCACCAACAAGUGA